AGUAGUUUUUUCCCUCAGUCCUAGUGCACUGUUCCCGGGAGGCAGUGUUUCCGGGUUAAGGGGCGACACCUGUGCAGAUCCAGGCGCAAAUUUUUAGCCCGUUGCCCGUCAGGAUUUCCCGGGAAGGUUUCCCCUGCUCUGUUUCUUGCCGCCGGCGAAGCACCUCCAGGGCGGUCGCGCAGCAGCCCGCCCCUCGGCUUCGGUGCGGCGGCCCUGCCCUGGCCCGGCUGGUGGUCAUGUCUGCCGUCUCCGUCUCGUCAGCCCGCGGCUGACCCACCGCCCCGCGAGCCCCUGGGGGUCAGGGCCCGAGUCCGGUUCCGUCGGGCCCUCGGGGGGCCUGCCCACCCAUUGUUUGAUCCUUAGUAAAAGUUUGUGGAAAUUCGUGGAGUUGCGUUUCUGCCAGACAUGGCGUCGACCGCUCAGCUCGGCCGCGGUCGCGGGGCUCAGGGAAGGUAACGUGGCUGAGUCACCCACCCUCAGGCUCCCGCCCCGAAGCCACCUGCGCCUGCGGUUUCUCAGUGUCGCUGCUGCACAGGAAGCACGGUCAGAUGAGCACUUCUGUCAGAACUUCUAUUCUGCCCCAGAGCGAGUGCGACGACGUCGUCCUCAUGCGAUUAACGGGCGUUUCCUUUUGCUGGUGGACCGGCUGAGUGCGGCCGGGAGCGGCCUCGCGCCUUCCUCUGCCUUCGCCCCUUAGGACCACGGAGCGAUGGGCAGGACCGCCUUACUACCCCCGGAAAAGAAGGCACCCGGGGGUACAACACCCAAAGAAAGCGGGUGGAAACAAGAUCUGGGGAAUCCGGUUCUCAAUUUCACAUGAAUCGUUCAGUUAAAGCCGCAGAUGCAGCGCAGUGUUUGCAAGCCAAGCCCGAGCACCGACCAAAGCAGUUCCUCACACCUUGUGGCACCAGAGCAUCUCGGAUGCGAGGCAAUGGAAGAGCUGGAUGCUUUAUUGGAGGAACUGGAACGCUCCACCCUCCAGGACGGCAGUGAACCCUCCAGCCCCGCUCCUCUUCCCGUGGGUCCGCCUUCCAGCAAAGACAGUGGCCGUGCUGAGACUGCAGGCAGCCCUUCUGUGCAGGAUGACACAAGCCCCUUGCAGGUGCAGCUCGUGUACACUACUGAUAUCAAGGGGCCUCAUGUCUACAGCGACAUCCAAGAGCCAAAGGAAUCACCACCACCUUCCAAAACCUCAGCAGCUGCUCAGUUGGAUGAGCUCAUGGCCCACCUGUGUGACAUGCAGGCCAAGGUUGCAGUGAAAGUAGAUGCCAACAAGAAGUACUUACCAGACAAGCAGGAGCACAAGGACUCCCUGGACUCAAUGCUGGGGGGUUUGGAGCAGGAAUUACAGGAUCUUGGGAUCACCACAGUGUCCAAGGGCCAUUGUGCUUCCUGCCAGAAACCAAUUGCUGGAAAGGUGAUCCAUGCUCUGGGGCAAUCGUGGCAUCCAGAGCACUUCAUCUGUAGUCACUGCAAGGAAGAGAUUGGCGCCAGUCCCUUCUUUGAGCGCAGUGGCUUGGCCUACUGCCCCAAGGACUACCACCAUCUGUUUUCCCCACGCUGUGCCUACUGUGCCGCUCCCAUCCUGGACAAAGUGCUGACGGCAAUGAACCAGACCUGGCACCCAGAGCACUUCUUCUGCUUUCACUGUGGGGAGGUGUUUGGUGCAGAAGGCUUUCACGAGAAGGACCAGAAGCCGUACUGCCGGAAGGACUUCUUAGCCAUGUUCUCACCCAAGUGCGGGGGCUGUAACCGCCCGGUGCUGGAAAACUACCUUUCAGCCAUGGACACCGUGUGGCACCCAGAAUGCUUUGUCUGCGGGGACUGCUUCAGCAGUUUCUCCACUGGCUCCUUCUUCGAGCUGGACGGGCGUCCGUUCUGCGAGCUCCACUACCAUCAGCGCCGCGGGACCCUCUGCCACGGGUGCGGGCAGCCCAUCUCCGGCCGCUGCAUCAGCGCCAUGGGCCACAAGUUCCAUCCCGAGCACUUCGUCUGUGCUUUCUGCCUGGCACAGCUGUCCAAGGGAAUCUUCAGGGAACAGAAUGGCAAGACCUACUGUCCAUCCUGCUUCAAUAAGCUCUUCCAACCGUGAUCUCAGCUCACCCCGCAGCCCCCGCAGAUCCCCUGUAAAACUUAAACCAAGAGAGGAAAGUACAUUUGAUGGUACUGGCCCCCUGCUCAAUAGACUUAUAGAGAAGCACAGGUGAUAGACACAGGGAACGACUACAUGUCACAUGGCUGGGCGUGUAGCCUUAAGUCUCAGAUUUCUAGUCUUUUUUUUUUUUAAUUGGGUACAUGGAUUUAGAUCUGGGUUGUGCUAUCUAGUGCCUCUGCAGAUAUAUUUUCCACAUGCACACAUGCAUUUCAUAACGAGUUUUCUCAGAUUUUUCCAUUUUCAUGCCUAUGAUGGCCCUGGUCACCUCUUUUCUCCUUUUCAAGCUUCCCAAAUUUCCCUGUGACUCAGUUCCCCACAGCCAUGCCUGUGGGCUUUAUCCUUGCUAUCAGGAAUCAUGGUAGCACUAUUAAGCUCCUUGUGUCUCCCUUCAGUGUAUUUCUUUUUUUCAAGAGGAAGUAGAUCUUAACUGGACAACUUUGAGUACUGACAUAAUUGAUAAAUAAAGUGGCUUGUGUGCUUUUU